AUGAAAUGCCGGCCGCAAUUCGAUGCCGUCCGUCAACCCAAUUACUUCAUCCUCAACCCCAAAACACUCGUUACUACAUCACAACCCCUCAGCUUCACCAUUGGAACAGGCACUCAAGUCCUCUCCUCCGCUCUUGCAACCUGUCUUGAAACCAAACAUGAACUCAUUUUUGUGACCUGUUUCUGGUCAAAGAAAUCCAAAGCCAGCGAGGAUAUUACUUUGCUGCUUCACAAGUUGUCCGAAAAAGCUCUGGCGCAGAAGCAUACUAUCCAGGUGCGCAUUUGCUUCUCCUCUCAUUCGCCGUGGAGGCGUCUUCAUCCAUCUGUUAGGAAGGGGAAGAUGCAUCACCCUCGGUCAUGGAAACGGCUUGGGUUGCCGAAGCCAAAAGAGAUCCAAGGACUGCAUAUGGUGGUCAAGAGUAUAUUUGUCCCUCCCUUCAGUGUCAUGCAUCCAAAGUUCAUUCUCAUGGAUCGGAAAAAAGCAUGGAUGCCAAGUUGUAAUGUCAGCCGGCAGAACUGGUUUGAGGGGUGUAUUGAGAUGGAGGGAGAGAUCACGGAGAAGAUUUAUGAAUUCUGGGUUGCAUUUUGGGGGAAGAGAGGGGCGGAACUUCCUCCCUUGCCCUUGGAUAGCCAGGAAAGGCCGGGCAUUUCUUCGCCAGGGGAGCUUGCACCAGGAUCACCCGUGAUAUCUCAAACAGCUGUCCCCUCACAUCCAGCUGGGAUACCCACGAUCCUCCUCCCUUCACCUCACCACUGGAACCCCCGUUUCUCUCCUCUCUGGAUACGGUACACGCCUCAUACAACCCCAUUCACCACCUUUCUCCAACACAUUUUCCGCGCCGCAAAAUCAAGCAUCUACAUCCAAACGCCGAAUCUGACCUAUCGCCCAGUCAUGAGAGCCCUCACCGAAGCUCUCAAACGCGGCGUAGAUGUGCACAUCAUCACCUCAAAACAUCUCAUGGUUCUCGAACAGCUCGCCACCGCAGGCCGCAUCACCGAAUGCGAGGUACGAAGGCUCGGAGGCAGAUACUCACACUUAAAGAAAGCCAAAACCAUCGCCCUGCGACGGUACGAAAGAGCAUCCCGACGAGGCCAACCCGUAGAAAACCCUCCCAGGCUCGGCUCACUAAGCAUUGGAUAUUACAAACCGAAGAGCGACAAGUCGGUCAAGGACCCGAACGAGCCCGUGAAGAGCCAUCUGAAAUUCGUGUGCAUAGAUGACGAGGUCACGAUCCUGGGAAGUGGGAAUAUGGAUCGUGCUAGUUGGAUGACUAGCCAGGAGCUGGGGAUCGCUUUCUUCUCGAGGGAUCUUGCUAUACAGCUUGCGGAGAGUGUGGAGAAGGCUUUAGAUGGUAGGGUGAAGUACGCGUAUGAAUUGAGUAUGUGA